AUGCGGCAACAAGCCCGCUCCCACCCGCUGAUGGCAUUCCGCCCAGCCAUCCUCGGGCUCUCCAGGGCCGUCUUCACCCUCGGCGUCGCCUCCGCCGCUCCUAUCCGCGUCCUGGACGAGCUGCACGACGGCAACGAGGAGGAGGGCGGCGAGUUUUGGCUCCUCUUCGGCAUCUCCAUCUUCCUCGUUCUGCUUGGCGGCGCCUUCGCCGGCCUCACCAUCGCCCUCAUGGGCCAGGACAGCGUCUACCUCCAGGUCAUCUCCCAGGAUCCCACAGAGCCCCAGCAGAAGAAUGCAGGCCGCGUCUUGCGUCUGCUCGAUAAGGGCAAGCAUUGGGUUCUCGUCACUUUGCUCCUCAGCAAUGUCAUCGUCAACGAGACCCUGCCUGUUGUUCUGGACCGGUGUCUUGGUGGAGGAGUGGCUGCUGUCGUCGGUUCUACUGUCUUGAUCGUCAUCUUCGGAGAGGUCGUUCCUCAGUCUAUCUGUGUCCGCUACGGCCUUGCCAUUGGUGGUUAUAUGUCCAAGCCUGUCCUACUCAUGAUGUAUCUGAUGGCACCGGUUGCCUGGCCCACCGCGAAGCUCCUCGACUGGGUCCUGGGUGAAGACCACGGAACCGUCUACAAGAAGAGCGGACUCAAGACACUGGUCACCCUCCACCACACCAUGGGCCCAGCAGCGCAGCGCCUCAACGAAGACGAGAUCACAAUCAUCGGCGCCGUCCUCGAGCUCAAGGAGAAGCCCGUCCAUGACGUGAUGACGCCAAUGGAAGACGUCUUUGUCAUGUCCGAGGAUACCGUGCUAGAUGAGGAGAAGAUUGACAUGAUCCUGUCUGCUGGCUACUCGCGCAUUCCCAUCCACGAGGCCGCGAACGAGACCAACUUCAUAGGAAUGCUUCUGGUCAAGAUUCUCAUCACCUACGAUCCUGAGGACUGCAAGAAGGUCAGGGACUUCCCCCUGGCCACCCUGCCCGAGACACGCCCUGAGACGAGCUGCCUCGACAUCAUCAACUUCUUCCAGGAGGGCAAGUCACACAUGGUUCUGGUUUCCGAUGCCCCAGGUGACGACCACGGUGCCCUCGGCGUGGUCACCUUGGAGGAUGUUAUCGAGGAGUUGAUCGGAGAGGAGAUCAUUGACGAGUCCGAUGUGUACAUCGAUGUCCACAAGGCCAUCCGACGCAUGGCGCCGGCACCCAAGGCCCGCUACCAACGACGACUGUCCCACGGCCACCCUGGGGCCGAUGGAAACGACAGUAAAUCUAGUGAGGACACAAAGGUCGGCGAGGAGGACUCCACAGAGAACUAUGAGACGCGGAAGAAGAGAUACAACUCGGCAACUGAACCGGGUGAGACUCCCGAUCGGUCUGGCAGUGGCAGUCCCAUGCCGGGAACGUUCCUGUUGCGGCGCGCCUCUGCUGGUCUUGAUGGCAGGAUGGAGAACGUUCCGGUGAGGGCAAGCUACAAUGACAUAAGACAGCAUCUGAAGCACCUCGGCCCGUCCAACCCAGCCUCGAACCCCAAAGCCACAAAAUCCACCACCGUCAAGAUCAAGCCCGGAGUUGUCGUUCAUGACCAGCCAAGAUCGAGCCCAGUGGCCGAGCAGGUCAUACAGGAAGAGCCGCGGGUCGAGAACGACGAGGAGGACAACGACGAAACGACGUCCCUGCUGCGGCCGGCACUCACACCCAAGGAUGGUGCACAAGCCCUGGCCCAGAAGUACGGUGCGACCGGACAAUCGCCUCUAUCCCGAAGUGUUGAGAACAACUCGCCCGCCAAGGCAAACGUGGAUGACACAGCCACCAAGGGUGUCCAGACCACGGAGACCGCCCCGCAGCACAGCUAUGCGGCAGUAACGGCACAGCCCCCGCAACAGGAGCUGCAUUCAAAGAGCUCCGGCUCGGGCAGCGAGUUGGCCCCUGCCGAACAAACAAGCCCAUACUCGCACAGGAAGGAUCUCUUUGCCCGUAGCGGCAGUAUCACCGAGAACAUUGUGGAGUCCAGAGGCAUCCGCAAGGGUAGCGCCAGCCGGUCCAACCUCAACCUUGAGUCGCAGGCGUCCCCAUCAACAGAGGGCGACGAGAACGCGAGCGGUGCCAACAGUCCGGCGGUGCCAGGUGCUGCUGAGGCGGAAUCUUCGAACACGACUACCCAGGCCGGUGGUAACAGUAACGGCGGCGGCGGCAGUAGCAAGAAGAAGAACAACCGCAGGAAGAAGAGAAAGGGCGGCAGGUAG